AUAUAUAUAUAUGCACGUAUUUUGCAGUUGAAACAUCUUAGAAGAUUGGCACGUUUCGAAAUUACAACAAAAUGCUAUCGUCUUGCCUGCUGCUAGUCACCUGCCUUAUCCUGCACACUCAGGCCAUAAGAGUGGAUUGGGGUACAAAUACGGGGCCAAUUGUUCCACCGCCUCCUCGCACAACACCACAACCGCCACGUAAGCCAUAUCGUGAGCCAGCUCCCGUUUGGGAGGAUCAAAGUGAUGAUAUACCCAAUCCAAAUCCAUAUGUGUAUGUUCUGCCACCACCAUCACGUCCUCGCACCUGGGCCAUACCGGCUGGUCCCUAUGCCCCACCCAAUUACAACAAUCAGCCGCCUCAGGCCAACUAUGGCCAACUGGUUACACCAACGCCACAAUUCUUCAAUGGUGGAGCAGGAGGAGGCGGCGGCACAACUGUGGUGCCAGUGCCAGCAUUGGCAGCCCAAUAUGUACCCGGAGUGGGUAUUAAAUAUACGGCCAUUGUGAUGCCCAAUAAAUUGCAGGGCAAAUAUAAUGCCAAGACAAAGAAAUACAAGGCCUACGAGAAGGCCAAAUAUGCGCCAUGGAACUAUUUGCAGCUGUUGCCAAUGGAGGAAAAGGCCAUGGAAUGGCAGGCUCAGUUAGAGGCGGAGGCUGAGGCCCAAAUGAAGCCUGUUAGUUCCUCAACAACAACAACAACAACAACACCAGUGACUAUAACAACGACUGGAGCACUCAACAUCAUUCCAACAACAAUAACAUCAGACCCAUCAUCUACAUCUACAACAACAACAACAGCAGCAGCAGCAACUGCAACUAGAGAGCAACAUCAGCCUACAACCAUUGCCAAUUACAAGCUGGCGCACGAGAAAAGUGCCUACCUGAAGAAGCACAAUAAGCUGAAGAAGCUGCUGCAGUUGGAGAAGGAGAGGGCCGAAAAUGAAAACUUGUUGCAGCAGCAGCAGCAACAGCAGCAGGCCAACCAGACAAGUUGAGCUGGCCAACAACAAAAAAUUAAAACAACGUGAAAUAAAGGAGCAGCUGAGUAAACACACAAAUAUACACACAACACACACACACACGAAAACACACGAAAAAAAAUUAAACGAAUAUUAUGUUUAAGGUAUACCCAAAAUUUGUAAAUAACUAUUAAUAAAAUCCAAUAAUAAAA